AUGGCACCCAACAUUCGAAAAUCACACCCUUUAGUAAAAAUAAUCAAUAACUCCCUAAUUGACCUUCCCACUCCACCCAACAUCUCCAUAUGAUGAAACUUUGGAUCCCUACUAGGAAUCUGUCUAGCCACCCAAAUCCUAACUGGCCUAUUGCUAGCCAUACACUACACAGCGGAUACAACCCUAGCCUUUUCAUCCGUCGCCCACACAUGUCGAAACGUACAAUACGGAUGACUAAUCCGCAACCUACAUGCCAACGGAGCAUCCUUAUUCUUCAUCUGUAUCUACAUACACAUUGGGCGAGGCAUUUACUACGGCUCUUAUUUGUAUAAAGAAACCUGGAAUACAGGCAUCAUCCUUCUACUCACCCUAAUAGCAACAGCCUUCGUCGGCUAUGUACUACCCUGAGGACAAAUAUCAUUCUGAGGAGCCACAGUCAUUACCAACCUAUUCUCAGCAAUCCCAUACAUCGGCCAAACCCUAGUCGAAUGAGCUUGAGGGGGAUUUUCAGUAGACAACCCAACACUGACCCGAUUCUUCGCCCUACACUUCCUACUUCCAUUCCUAAUCGCAGGACUCACCCUAAUCCACCUCACCUUCCUACAUGAAUCAGGCUCAAAUAACCCCCUAGGAAUCACAUCAAAUUGCGACAAAAUCCCAUUCCACCCAUACUACUCUCUCAAAGAUAUCCUAGGAUUUAUACUCAUAUACCUGCCCCUAAUAACCCUAGCCCUAUUUACCCCAAACCUGCUAGGAGACCCAGAAAACUUUACACCAGCAAAUCCCUUAGUCACCCCCCCACACAUCAAACCAGAAUGAUACUUCCUAUUUGCUUACGCCAUCCUACGCUCAAUCCCCAAUAAACUGGGCGGAGUCCUAGCACUAGCCGCCUCAGUACUAAUCUUAUUCCUGAGUCCACUACUUCACAAAUCCAAACAACGCACAAUAACCUUCCGCCCUCUAUCCCAGUCACUAUUCUGACUUCUAGUCACCAACCUACUCAUCCUAACCUGAGUAGGAAGCCAACCCGUUGAGCACCCGUUCAUCAUCAUUGGCCAACUAGCUUCACUCUCCUACUUCACAACCCUUCUAAUCCUCCUCCCCCUUACCGGGGCCCUAGAAAACAAAAUCCUAAACUACUAA